AUGACUGAGGAGACAGAGGGUGGAGAGUCUAGACCUGGGCUGGUGGAGACAGAGGGUGGAGAGUCUAGACCUGGGCUGGUGGAGACAGAGGAUGGAGAGUCUAGACCUGGGCUGGUGGAGACAGAGGGUGGAGAGUCUAGACCUGGGCUGGUAGAGACAGAGGGUGGAGAGUCUAGACCUGGGCUGGUGGAGACAGAGGGUGGAGAGUCUAGACCUGGGCUGGUAGAGACAGAGGGUGGAGAGUCUAGACCUGGGCUGGUAGAGACAGAGGGUGGAGAGUCUAGACCUGGGCUGGUGGAGACAGAGGGUGGAGAGUCUAGACCUGGGCUGGUGGAGACAGAGGGUGGAGAGUCUAGACCUGGGCUGGUGGAGACAGAGGGUGGAGAGUCUAGACCUGGGCUGGUAGAGACAGAGGGUGGAGAGUCUAGACCUGGGCUGGUGGAGACAGAGGGUGGAGAGUCUAGACCUGGGCUGGUAGAGACAGAGGGUGGAGAGUCUAGACCUGGGCUGGUGGAGACAGAGGGUGGAGAGUCUAGACCUGGGCUGGUGGAGACAGAGGGUGGAGAGUCUAGACCUGGGCUGGUGGAGACAGAGGGUGGAGAGUCUAGACCUGGGCUGGUGGAGAGUCUAGACCUGGGCUGGUGGAGACAGAGGGUGGAGAGUCUAGACCUGGGCUGGUGGAGACAGAGGGUGGAGAGUCUAGACCUGGGCUGGUGGAGACAGAGGGUGGAGAGUCUAGACCUGGGCUGGGUGGAGAGUCUAGACCUGGGCUGGUGGAGACAGAGGGUGGAGAGUCUAGACCUGGGCUGGUGGAGACAGCGGGUGGAGAGUCUAGACCUGGGCUGGUGGAGACAGAGGGUGGAGAGUCUAGACCUGGGCUGGUGGAGACAGAGGAGGGUGGAGAGUCUAGACCUGGGCUGGUGGAGACAGAGGGUGGAGAGUCUAGACGUGGGCUGGUGGAGACAGAGGGUGGAGAGUCUAGACCUGGGCUGGUGGAGACAGAGGGUGGAGAGUCUAGACCUGGGCUGGUGGAGACAGAGGGUGGAGAGUCUAGACCUGGGCUGGUGGAGACAGAGGGUGGAGAGUCUAGACCUGGGCUGGUGGAGACAGAGGGUAAAGGGUGGAGAGUCUAGACCUGGGCUGGUGGAGACAGAGGGUGGAGAGUCUAGACCUGGGCUGGUAGAGACAGAGGGUGGAGAGCUUAGACCUGGGCUGGUGGAGACAGAGGGUGGAGAGUCUAGACCUGGGCUGGUAGAGACAGAGGGUGGAGAGCUUAGAUAUGAGCUGGUGGAGACAGAGGGUGGAGAGUCUAGACCUGGGCUGGUGGAGACAGAGGUUGGAGAGUCUAGACCUGGGCUGGUAGAGACAGAGGGUGGAGAGCUUAGACCUGGGCUGGUGGAGACAGAGGGUGGAGAGUCUAGACCUGGGCUGGUGGAGACAGAGGGUGGAGAGUCUAGACCUGGGCUGGUGGAGACAGAGGGUGGAGAGUCUAGACCUGGGCUGGUAGAGACAGAGGGUGGAGAGUCUAGACCUGGGCUGGUGGAGACAGAGGGUGGAGAGUCUAGACCUGGGCUGGUAGAGACAGAGGGUGGAGAGUCUAGACCUGGGCUGGUAGAGACAGAGGGUGGAGAGUCUAGACCUGGGCUGGUGGAGACAGAGGGUGGAGAGUCUAGACCUGGGCUGGUGGAGACAGAGGGUGGAGAGUCUAGACCUGGGCUGGUAGAGACAGAGGGUGGAGAGUCUAGACCUGGGCUGGUGGAGACAGAGGGUGGAGAGUCUAGACCUGGGCUGGUGGAGACAGAGGGUGGAGAGUCUAGACCUGGGCUGGUAGAGACAGAGGGUGGAGAGCUUAGACCUGGGCUGGUGGAGACAGAGGGUGGAGAGUCUAGACCUGGGCUGGUAGAGACAGAGGGUGGAGAGCUUAGAUAUGAGCUGGUGGAGACAGAGGGUGGAGAGUCUAGACCUGGGCUGGUGGAGACAGAGGUUGGAGAGUCUAGACCUGGGCUGGUGGAGACAGAGGGUGGAGAGUCUAGACCUGGGCUGGUGGAGACAGAGGGUGGAGAGCUUAGAUAUGGGCUGGUGGAGACAGAGGAUGGAGAGUCUAGACCUGGGCUGGUGGAGACAGAGGGUGGAGAGUCUAGACCUGGGCUGGUAGAGACAGAGGGUGGAGAGCUUAGACCUGGGCUGGUGGAGACAGAGGGUGGAGAGUCUAGACCUGGGCUGGUGGAGACAGAGGGUGGAGAGUCUAGACCUGGGCUGGUGGAGACAGAGGGUGGAGAGUCUAGACCUGGGCUGGUGGAGACAGAGGGUGGAGAGUCUAGACCUGGGCUGGUAGAGACAGAGGGUGGAGAGUCUAGACCUGGGCUGGUGGAGACAGAGGGUGGAGAGUCUAGACCUGGGCUGGUGGAGACAGAGGGUGGAGAGCUUAGAUAUGGGCUGGUGGAGACAGAGGAUGGAGAGUCUAGACCUGGGCUGGUGGAGACAGAGGGUGGAGAGUCUAGACCUGGGCUGGUAGAGACAGAGGGUGGAGAGCUUAGACCUGGGCUGGUGGAGACAGAGGGUGGAGAGUCUAGACCUGGGCUGGUGGAGACAGAGGGUGGAGAGUCUAGACCUGGGCUGGUGGAGACAGAGGGUGGAGAGUCUAGACCUGGGCUGGUAGAGACAGAGGGUGGGGAGUCUAGACCUGGGCUGGUGGAGACAGAGGGUGGAGAGUCUAGACCUGGGCUGGUGGAGACAGAGGGCGGAGAGUCUAGACCUGGGCUGGUGGAGACAGAGGGUGGAGAGUCUAGACCUGGGCUGGUGGAGACAGAGGGUGGAGAGUCUAGACCUGGGCUGGUGGAGACAGAGGGGGGAGAGUCUAGACCUGGGCUGGUGGAGACAAAGGCAUGGACUAGUUUUUCUGCAUGGGGGUUGAGAAAGGAUUGA